AUGGCGGCGGAGGGGGAGGUGUCGGGAACACUCGAUACCGCCGACGUGAUGAAGAUGGACGAGAAGGAGAAAACUGGAACACUCGGUGCCGCCGACUUGAUGAAGGUAGACGAGAAGAAGGAGAAGACUGUGGCGGUGCGCUCGGGGUUUCUCGGCGGCGGCGGCAAGGAGGAGACGUACAUCCGGGCCGACAUGAUCGACCUCGAGAACCUAGACGUCGAGAUGCAGAGGGAGUCCAUCGCCAAGACUCUGACUCUGGAGAAGCAGCGCCACAAGGACAAGGAUCAGCCCAUGGCGCCCUGGGAGAUCGACCUCGCGAAGCUAGAGGUGCACCACCGGAUAGCACCCGGGACCUUCGGCUCUGUGUAUCGCGCCACCUACGAAGGACGUCCUAGACAUUUUCGUGGCAUACCAGAGAUUAUAGUUAAUACUUUUUGGCGGGGACCAGAGAUUAUAGUUAAUACUUUUUUCCCGUGCGUGUAUGAAGCCAAACUAUUGGAUUGGGGAGACGAUGGAGUUAUGCCAGAGACUGAAAUUGCUAUUCAGCGCGAAGCACUGAGUAAGGAGGUUGUUGUCUGGAAGGACCUCGACCACCCAAAUGUCACAAAGUUCAUUGGUGCAUCAAUGGGUACCAUUGACCUUAGUAUUCCAGCUGUGAGCGGGGAGUGUAGUGCACCCCCUGAUUUUCCAGAGAGUGCAUGUUGUGUCGUCGUUGAAUAUCUCAGUGGAGGAACACUGAGACAACAUCUAUAUGCGAACAGGGACAAUAAGCUUACAUAUGAAGAGGUGGUUGAGCUCGCAUUGGAUUUGGCUAGAGGAUUGGCCUUUGUGUCAAGCAGCAUAUUCGAGGCGCGUGUGUUGAAGGAUAUCAAAGCCUCUGUUCUAGGAGAAACGAAGGCUCAAAAGUCUUCAGCGUAUGGAUCUUCACGUGGCACAUGGAUGGAUGGGUUUUGGCUCUCGUCUCGUGGAACUCAAGCUGCAGAAUGCCGAAAAUAUAAUUAUACUGUAUUUCAAAACCAGGAACAACCGAGCUUCUCUCACGUACAGAUGCAGUGGCCUCGGCUCAUUCAAAAGGAUAGAUCCAUCACCCAUGUGCAACUUGUAACUGACUGCGAAGCUAUUGUUUCAGCAUUAGAGAGAGUUAAGGAGCAGCGUUGUGCUCAACAGCAAAUCUUCCGGGAGAUGACGUCUACCCGCAUGCUGAUGACACUAAGGAGGUGUAACGGGAAAUUUGACAAUGAUGACUCGGACUUUGAAGGUGGUGUGGUGACACAAGAGGUCCCAGUUGAGUGCUACCACCGGAAAAUAGACAAGAAAUUCGUAACCUUUGAAGGUAGCAUUACUGGAAGGAGGUUUUAUGGAUGUGGUGAGGAAAUUGACAUUAUGGCUAUGUUCGAUGGGUUGAUAUGGAGUAUCCUGAAGCUACUAAAAAGGCUUCAGAGAAAGAAAACCUCGCAUGGGAGUAGGGUCCCAACCCCAACAACCACGGCAGCCAUCCAAUGGUGCGCGCGCAAGGAGGGGGGAUGA